AUGACGUCACCUUGGCCAUUCGUCGCUUGGGGCAUGGAUGUCAUAGGGCCAAUUGAGCCAGCUGCGUCAAACAAACAUCGCUUCAUUUUGGUCGCCAUGGACUACUUCACCAAGUGGGUGGAAGCAGCAUCUUAUUCAACAGUAACAAAGAAAGUGGUCACAGAUUUUGUGCACAAAAACAUCAUAUGUCGAUUUGGUAUCCCAGAAUCAAUCAUAACAGACAAUGGGGCUAAUUUGAAUAGCCACUUGAUGAAAGACAUAUGUGCGCAGUUCCGAAUCACUCAUCGGAAUUCAACCGCAUACCGGCCACAAAUGAAUGGAGCUGUGGAAGCCGCCAACAAAAACAUCAAGAAGAUCCUCAGAAAGAUGAUUGAUAACAACAAAGACUGGCAUGAACAACUGCCAUAUGCAUUACUGGGAUAUCACACUACUGCCAGAACUUCAAUUGGGGCCACUCUAUACCUGUUGGUGUAUGGCACCGAAGCAGUAAUACCAGCUGAAGUUGAAAUCCCUUCACUUUGA